CUCUGAAGGUCUCAUCUCUCUCUCUCUCUCGACUCUCCUCUCUGCCGCUCUCCAAAGUCCAGGAAGAACGAGGAGUACCAUUUGUGCUUCUUUGUUCUUCUCACGCUCUCUUCGAUCUUUGCUCUCCUCCUCAAGGAAGAAGAAGAAUUUCCAUCUCGGUUUCUCCUACUUCUCUCUCUCUCUCUCUCUCUCUCUCUCUCUCUCAAGAAUGGCUACCGUUAAUAGUUACUCUGAGACUCAGGGUUACCAAGGCAACACACCAGUGCCCACACCUACCGUGGCGACCUCAAAGCAGUCUGCCCCUGUUGCUAGGAGCGUCGACACCCAAUCUGUUCUGAAAAGGCUACAGUCAGAAUUGAUGGCCCUAAUGAUGAGUGGGGAUGCUGGCAUAUCUGCUUUUCCUGAGGAAGACAACAUAUUCUGCUGGAAGGGUACAAUCUGUGGAAGCAAAGAUACUGUUUUUGAAGGAACAGAUUACAAGCUCUCACUAUCUUUUCCAACUGAUUACCCAUUCAAACCUCCCAAGGUCAAAUUUGAAACAAGCUGCUUCCACCCUAAUGUAGAUGUCUUUGGUAACAUUUGCUUGGACAUCCUUCAGGAUAAAUGGUCAUCAGCUUAUGAAGUGAGAACCAUUUUAAUCUCUAUCCAGAGUUUGCUUGGAGAACCGAACAUAAGCUCACCUCUCAAUGCUCAAGCUGCAGCACUAUGGAGCAAUCAAGAAGAAUACAGGAAAAUGGUGGAGAAGUCUUACAAAGCUUCUAGUUAAACUGUGAUUCAUUCUUGAAAGGGAGAUUAUAAAAAGGAGUCUCUGUUUUUAUUAUUAGACUUUUGCUGUAUUUCAUUCUUUUGUUUGUUACUCAAUAAAAUCUUCAGCUGGAGCUUAGAUAUGUAACAGAACCUUUGUGAGUUGGAAUUCCAGAAACCUACAAAUUUCAGAACUUUUUCACGCCAUGAUUCAAUAUAACAUUUCAGUAUUGGAAUUUUCUCGCU